CUCUGCCGGGUGUUUUCAUCGACCAGAAGCUACUACUACAAGCCUCCUCUCCAGACUCCAGCACACUCCAGCACAGCGACUCCACACACCACACUGCAGUGUGUGGAGCUGUGUGUGAGAGCGAUUCCUUUUUUCUUUAAUUACCUCUUCAAGGCUGUAAUGUAUCUUCUUUCCCUAUAUAUUUUUUUAAAACCAGAUCUUCCCUGCUGCAGCUCCUGGUUGCUGAGUUGAACCCGAGCAGCCGAUCUCCUUCCUCCACCAGCUCCAAUGUGUCUCCUGCAGGACAUUUCUUUCCCUCCUCUCCGGGCUUCUACUCUUCUCAGCGUUUUGCUAAUCGCAGCACCUAUUUUCUAGCCCAACUUCCCAUCGUUUACCUAUUAUCCCUCUAUCAUCUAUCCAUCUUUUUUUUUAAAUUUAUUUUGGCACUUUUUUCUGCUCCUGUUUCAUGGAGGUGAUGGCGGAGCAGCAAGCGCGGCUGCUCCUCUUUCUUUUAGCUCUCAACUCUCUCUACACCGGGGCUUCCCAUGCGCAAAAAGGUCCUGAACUCUUCACCGUGCUCCGGUUUUCGGUGGAGCCGGUGGACAUGUUGGCGGUCCGGGGUUUGCCCGCUGUGUUGAACUGCUCGGUGGUGAGCGACAAUCUGGUGAGGGUGGAGUGGAAAAAGGAUGGAACGUUCCUCAACCUGGCAGCAGACGAGCGCAGACGCCUCCUUCCAGACGGCUCUCUGUUCAUCAGCACUGUGGAGCACUCUGUCCACAACAAGCCAGACGAGGGCGUGUACCAGUGCGUGGCCUCCAUCGACAACCUGGGCACCAUCAUCAGCCGCUCGGCUCGGGUCACUGUGCCAGGUCUGCCACAUUUCACCAGCCAACCAGAGAGCGUGUCCGUACACGCCGGGGGUACCGAGGUGCUCAUCUGCGAGGUGAGUGAUGAUCUGGCUCCCUUCACGCACUGGCAGAGGAACGGUCAGACUGUAGAGACAGACAUGCGGCUGGUGAAGCUGCCACGUGUGGCUCUCGUGAUCAGCAAUGCUUCACAGGCCGACGCUGGUGCGUAUCAAUGCGUCAUCGAGGGACUUGGGCCUUCCAAGAGGAGCCAAGAUGCUCAGUUGGAGCUUUUACCAGACUCUGCUGUUGUCGAGAGAAUGGAAGUCAUAAUUGGCCCGUCUGCUGUGUCGAAGCCACUAGGAGAUACGGUGCUACUGCCUUGUGUGGUGAAGGGCUUCCCACUCCCUGUCAUUCGCUGGAUGCGGAACGGCAAGGUUGUUGACGAGAGUGAUGAAAGGUUUGCAGUGAUUGGUGGAGGCAACCUGCAGAUUGUGAAUUUGACUGAGGACGAUGCCGGGAGCUACAGCUGCCAGGCAGACAACGGCAACGAGACCAUCGAGACUGAGGCAGAGCUUAAUGUGCAAGUUCCCCCUCGGUUCCUAAAGAAACCUUCGAACAUGUACGCUCAUGAGGCCAUGGAUGUUAUCUUCGAGUGCAAUGUCAUGGGCUCCCCAGCCCCUACGGUGAAGUGGGUGAAGAACGGAGACGCAGUCAUCCCCAGUGACUACUUUAAAAUAGUGAAUCAGCAUGAUUUGCAGGUGCUGGGUUUGGUAAAGUCUGACGAGGGUUUCUAUCAGUGUGUGGCUGAGAACGAGGUGGGCAACACCCAGGCCAGUGCACAGCUCAUUAUCCUGGACCUUGACGUUGCCCUCCCCACGUCUCCUGUCCCCUCACUGACCAGUGCCACUACUGACCAUAUAGACUCCAGGGAGCGCCGGGGCUCCGUCCCAUCGCCGCCACGCGACCUUGUGGCUUCACUUGUCUCCACCCGCUUCAUCAAGCUCACAUGGAGGCUCCCGGCCGAGCUGCACGGAGACAACCUUACCUACUCUGUCUUCUACAGCCUUGAUGGCUCCAGCAGGGAGCGUGUUGAGAACACUACCGCUCCAGGAGAACUACAGGUCACUAUUGACAACCUCAUCCCUGACACUAAGUACACAUUCCGGGUGGUGGCAUCCAACAGAAACGGCCUGGGUGAAAGCUCUGCUCCGCUUACAGUGGCCACCCAGCCUGAAGUGCAGGUACCAGGACCUGCUCCCAAUCUCCAGGUAGUGUCCAUUACACCCACUACAGUCACUUUGUCCUGGGAGAGACCACUCACAGGGAAUGGGGAGAUCCAGACCUAUAAACUUUACUACAUAGAGAAAGGAAAGGACAUAGAACAGGACGUUGAUGUUGUAGGUUUGUCAUACACAAUGACAGGACUAAAGAAGUUCACAGAAUACAGUUUCAGAGUCGUGGCUUACAACAAGCACGGACCCGGAGUGUCUACUGACGACCUGAGCGUUCACACCUUCUCCGACGUACCAAGCACUGCACCUCAGAAUAUCUCUCUGGAAGUCCAGAACUCGAGGAGCAUCAUGGUACGAUGGCAGCCUCCUCCUCCAGGCACCCACAAUGGGGAACUGACAGGUUAUAAGCUCCGCUACAGGAAAGCCGGGAGGAAAGGAGACGCAGCUGAGAUUAUAACUAAUCAACUCUUCCAGCUUAUUGAUGGUUUGGAAAGAGGAACCGAGUACUCGUUCCGGCUGUCGGCCAUCACAGUGAACGGCAGCGGCCCGGCAUCCGAGUGGAUCUGCGAGACCUUUGAGAACGACCUGGAUGAGUCUCAGGUACCUGGAGUGCCCAGUUCACUGCAUGUGCGUCCGCUGGUGAACAGCAUCGUAGUCAGUUGGACACCUCCAGAAAACCAGGACAUCGUAGUGCGAGGAUACAGCAUUGGCUAUGGUAUAGGCAGUCCUCACUCACAGAGCAUCAAAAUGGACCACAAGCAACGCUACUACAGCAUUGAAAACCUGGACCCAAGCUCGCACUACGUGAUUACGCUGAAGGCCUUCAACAACAUGGGCGAGGGAAUACCUGUGUACGAGAGCGCCAUCACCAGGCCUCAAUCAGAUCCCAUCGAGCCAGAUAUUGAUUUAUUUAAAAUGUAUCAUCAUACCCCUCACACCCCAGCACCCGAGCCUUCCCCAAUGCUUCCCCCAGUGGGUGUGCAGGCCUCCGUUAUCAGCCACGAUGCCGUCAAAGUCUCCUGGGCCGAUAACUCGCUGUCUAAGAAUCAGAAGAUCACAGACUCCAGAUUUUACACCGUUCGCUGGAAGACCAACAUACCAGCCAACACCAAGUAUAAGGUCGCCAACACCACCACUCUAACAUACACCGUGACGAACCUGAAGCCCAGCACACUGUACGAGUUCUCAGUCAUGGUGACCAAGGGUCGGCGCAGCAGCACCUGGAGUAUGACCGCUCACGGAACCACCUUGGAGACUCUUCCCACGUCGGCACCCAAAGACGUCACGGUGGUGAGUAAAGAAGGUCGUCCACGCACCAUCAACAUCAACUGGCAGCCGCCAUCGGAGGCCAAUGGCAAAAUGACAGGCUACAUCAUUUACUACAGUACGGAUGCCAAUGCCGAGGUACACGACUGGGUCGUGGAACCGGUGAUGGGGAACAGACUGACCCACCAGAUCCAGGAGCUCACUUUAGACACGACGUAUUACUUUAAAAUCCAGGCACGCAACUCGAAAGGCAUGGGGCCGCUUUCGGACGCCGUGCACUUCCGCACGCCCAAAGCUGAGCCCUCCGACAAAAUGUCUAGUGAUCAAGUAGGCUUUCAGGGGAAGCCGGGUGGACGUUCUCCUGCUCCAGAUCACGGAUUUGGAUCCUCGUUAGACAAGCCAGGAAUCACAGGCAGUCAGGAGAACCAAAUCCUGGUGAUCAUCAUCAUCGUUUCUGUGGGAGUGUUCACCAUCAUCACCGUGGUAGUGGGCGCAGUCCUGUGUACAUGCCACUCCAACUCCCAUCAGAAAAAGUAA